GCCGUCACCGGGCACACUUCACCACGCUUCUUUCUCGGCGCUUCCUCGCUCGAUAAGCUCCGCCUUCUAAUCCCUCUCACUCCCGUUACAACCAAUGAAACUGCGAUUUGUUUGACAUGACGCCACGCCCCCUGCCUUCUCCCAACCGAUGUUCAAAUGUGGGGAAAGGGGAAGGAAAAAAAAGAAAAAAGAAAUUCCCGCUCUGAGCCCUGAUUGGCCGUGCUGGGGAAUGUCGCGCAUGCUGAUUGGCUAAUUUAAAGAUGGAAACUUUUAAGGAGUUAAAGAGCUUUAAGAACUGGGCAGAGCUUUGAGAAAGAGCUUUAAGAACUGGGCAGAGGCGCUAGGAAGGGUGAGUUUGAAUGAAGGGGGCGGUGUAACCCCGCCCCCCCCCCCGGAAAAUGGUGCAACUUGCUAUUAUGAGCAGUGCAGAAGAAAUGAAAACGCAGAUUACUCCAGAGACCCCAGGACGUCUCUCGCUGCAAAACCCCUUUGAAAGCCCAAGUGACUAUAGCCAUCUGCAGGAACCAACCUUGUCAAGCCCUUCUUUUCUUAAGUCCUCGCAGUUCUCUCUGACUCCAGGACAAUUUGGGUGGUCUAUAGAGGAGCUUGCUUCAACAAACCCAGUGGAAAUUGACUCUGAAGACGUACGCCGGCAAGCCCUGUAUUUAAGCCAUUCCAGGAUAGAUAAAGAAGCGGAAGAGAAGAGACAGAAAGCCAUUGAAGAGUUCUUCACCAAAAGCCUCAUUGUUCCAUCCCCUUGGACCGAUCACAACAGAAAGCAGGACUUUCCAUUUAAUUCGACUCGGUGCGUUGAACUGAGCAGCGCCUCACCCGUCAGCAGAGAAAUAGGCGGCCAUCUUGGGAAAACUAACGCCUCUUGCCAGACAGUAUUAUCUCUGCCGAUAGAUUUUGACUUGGAAGCACUAUUAGGUGCGUAUUUUAAACCAGAUGAAUUGGCUGAUCAGUCGCAGGAAAGCCUCAGCGCUUCCUCCCUGAGAAGGAAGCUGUUUCUCGACGAGAACGGAAGCCUGUCUGAGAACUCAUUGCCUUCCCCUCAAAGCUCGCACGACGUUCCUGCCUCACUUGGAGAGCUGUGUUCCACGUACAUCUCCCCGGUCCGCUGCAGAAGCCCUCUGAAUAGAUCCAGUUCGGGCCAAUUUUCUUCCAGCCCAGUUAAGGAUGAUACAAGACCACAAAGCCUGGGGAGCUUAACCACUCCCCCAUUUUUUGAGAGGAGUCCUGCAAACAUUUCUUCAGCCGUCUCUCCAAUUGGUGUUCAGAUAAGAAAGACACCACUUUCAGGACGGUUUACUUUUCGCUCGCCGGACAUUCCUUCCUCAUCAAACCCCCGUCGCCCAACUCCUCCCACCAGAAGUCCUUUCAUGGAAUGUUCACCAUUGAAGAAUUGUUCCCCCCUGAGGCGGGUGGCUUGCCGCGGGGUCACUGCCUACCAGACCUCCUUUGUCCACCUGCCUUCCACCCCCGAGAGUUUCGACGAAGAGCAGGAAGAAGAAACCAAGGCUUCCUCUGCAGACAUCUCCCUGCCAAAAGUCAGUCUGCACCAACUGAAAGGACGCAACUUUGCCCACGGCCAACGUUUGAUGGCUGCUGGAGUGUCUUUAUCGCCAGACCAUCCUGGAAUCGACGCGGAAGGAUUAACCUUGUUCCACAGUCCCAAUAGCUUGAACGACAACCACAUGCCGGAUAUGGCGGAUGCAGAGGAAAUGGUGGACGUCAACUCGGUGAAGGGGUCAGCGGAGAACAGCAACCUGCCGGUAGCAGGCUUGAACAUAGAAGGGUCUUGCAUGUGCCUCUCGCCACUGGCCGAAAGCAGCGCCACUCCCUGUGAGGGCAGUAGCAUCCAGGUGGACAGUGGUUACAAUACCCAGACGUGUACCAGCAGCCUCUUGGAUGCAGUGGAAGUCUGUGGUCGGGAGACUGAUUCUCACGUUUGCGAGACUCAGAACAAAUACAGUCUCUUCAGAGCAAAGCAAGGAAAACCCAUCCCGGGAUACUGGACUGAAUCUGAGCCUGUCAAUCAACCUAGCUGCUGCCUUAUGGAAAAUCCUUGGUCAAAAUGAAUAUGCGUCGUCAUACCUUUUGUUGCGGUUGUUUGCCCUGGACCUGAAGCAUUGUUCUUGAGAAGCUUGUGGAAAUCUGGAAUCGGCCAAAUUGCUCCCUUUUUGGAAGGAUGGUUAUUAAAGCAGGUAAUAGAGGAGUUGGCUUGUGCCCAAGACCUGCCUUCACAGCUUGGGUUUGAUUCUGACCACGCGGUGGCUCCGUUGGGAAUGUGUACCCACGGUGGCAAGACUCGAAUCCAUGCAUGCGUACUCAAAAGGGAGAACAGAUCGCAGCUGUGUUAGCAACUAUUGGGCUUUUUCCCUUGUGCUUGGGCAGAGUGAGAGAUCCACAAAGACCUGCGCCUGUGUGGAAAUUAUUGUUCUUAUUGUUCUUGCAAAAGGUGCCCUCUUCAAAUACCGCUGAGUGCAAGACUUCAAGGGCAUUAAGUGUGAGAGUUGUCACUGAUCUGACCAGGGCAGCAGAUGCACAAGUAACUAUGCAGUAAAACAUAAGAGGGAUUAUUUUGAUCAUCUGAAUAGUAUUUAUACUAUUUAAAAAUAGUAUUUAUAGUCAACAAAUGCAAUUAUUCUCUCCUGUCAUCGUUGGGAGAUUGCAUGGAAGCAUCUCUCGACAUUUACAACUUUGGUAGUGUUCAUGAUGUCCUUCCUGAUUCAUUUUCUUUUUUAAAUGAACUGUUACCAUUUUAGGCACAUGUAUUUCUUAAAGAAAACUGCACUGGACCUUGAAAUUACCACAGAAGAUACAGAGCAUCCCACUGCUCUUUUACUUUUUUAAUACAAGCAGCCACCCUUGGACACUAACCGUUUCAUAGUUGCUUUAACUUGAUUUUUUUAAAAGAUGUACACAAUAAAGAUGUCACAUCUGAACUAAA